AUGAAACGUUGGCAGUUGGCCGUCCUGUGCGCCCUUUUGGCUCUCACUGCUCACUCGGUAAGCGGACAGAAAGAGGGCGUUCUGUUUUGAAAACAUCCUCUUUUUUGAUAAAAACAAGUAAACAAAUGUGUGGAAAUGUUUCCUUUCGGCAAAAAGUGUCAUUUGCGAGCAAAACAAGCCACAUAAACAUUGUGACACUGACAUUUUGGGAGAAAAUUGUCUACUAUUCCUGAACUUUUUUUAUUUUCUCUCAUCAUUAGGGUCCAAUCGACCGUGCUCGUCGGCAAGCCGGUUGUGGUCAACAACAACAACAAUGCUGCUGCCAACCCGUUCAACAGCAACCCAAAUGCGUCUGCAUGCCCGUCCAACAGGACCCCUGCUGCCAGCAACAACAACAGCAACCACAAUGCCAGUGCGUGCCAGUCCAACAACAGCCGCAAUGCCAAUGCGUGCCGGUUCAGCAGCAACCGCAAUGUGUGUGCGUCCCCAUUCAGCAAGACCCUUGCUGCCAACAGGACCAACAACAGGGCUGUAACUGUCUGCAAGUGACCAUUCAGGCCAAGUUGGAGCCUCAACAGGCCCAACAAAAUCCAUGUUGCGCACAACCCCAGCAACAGCAACCGCAAUGUGUCUGCAUGCCGGUGCAACAACAAGACCCCUGCUGUCAGCAACAACAACAGCAGCCACAAUGUCAGUGCGUCCCGGUCCAGCAGGACCCAUGCUGUCAGCAGCAACAACAACAACCUCAAUGCCAGUGCGUCCCUGUGCAACAAGACCCUUGCUGCCAACAGCAACAGCAGCAACCCCAAUGCCAAUGCGUCCCCGUCCAGCAAGAUCCUUGCUGCCAGCAACAACAGCAGCAACCGCAAUGCCAGUGCAUGCCUGUUCAGCAACAGCAGCAGAACCCCUGUUGUCCACAACCCCAGCAGCAACAACCACAGUGUGUCUGCACUCCCGUCCAACAAGACCCCUGCUGUCAGCAGCAACAACAGCAGCCACAAUGUGUUUGCACGCCCGUUCAACAGGACCCUUGCUGCCAGCAACAGCAGCAACAAUCUCAAUGCGUCUGCACUCCAGGUAGGCCAUUUUUUGGAGCGAUAAGUGGGUUACGAUCAAAAUUUGUCUUCCCAAUAGACUGUUCUGUAAAGCCUAACUAAUACCCCACAUUCCAGUCCAACAAGACCCCUGCUGCCAGCAGCAACAGCCUCAGCAACAGCAGCUGACCCUCCAGUCCAUCACCAUCCAAUGCAGCCCCGGCCAGUCCAACUGCCAGCAGCAGAUGCCUCAAGUAAUGCAAUGCCAGCAAGCCCAAUGCCAGUGCCCACCGCAAUACGUGCAGUGCGCGGCGAAGCAGUGCUGUUUGCGCUACCGAUACAUGUCGCGACGCGCCAAGCGGGCCUUCGAAAAGAAACUGUUGGCCAGGAAGUUGUAA